AUGCUCGAAGUUCACUGUUCUGGGACGCCAUACGAGAUCGGUCAUCAGCAUGGCGACACAGCCAAAGAUAAGGUAUUAGGUUCUCUUUCUUUCUACAAAGAUCUAUUCCAAGAAACAUGUUCAAUGGACUGGGAAGCCGUUCGCCAAGAAGCCAAGAAAUAUAUCGAACCUCUCCAGAAUCUAUCACCAAGCCAUGUCGAGGAAAUGAAAGGGAUAGCCGAAGGUGCGGGUGUUGAUCUCGUGGACAUCAUAGCCCUCAACGUCCGAACAGAGAUCACUUUCAGUCUUUUCACAAGUGUUCCUGCUCUUCCAAUUCAGACAGAUGGGUGCACGAGUGCUGCGUACCGCCAACCAAACGGCGAUGUGCUUUUGGCACAGAAUUGGGACUGGCAGCCUCGACAAGCGCCGAAUCUGUUCAUUUGCCAUAUCUCCCAGACUGGAACAGAUAUACCCGAUAUUUCGAUGGUUACAGAAGCAGGUGUGAUUGGCAAGAUUGGUAUCAACUCUGCAGGAGUUGGAACAUUGUUGAACGCUAUUCGAGCUCGAGGCGUCGAUGAGACAAGACUUCCUAUUCACAUCGCACUCAGAACUGCUCUUGAAUCCAAAUCAGCGCGAGAAGCGGCAGACAAGCUAUACAGGACAGGAACAGCCGGGAGCGGCCAUAUUCUCGUCUCCGAUCCACACGAAGCUAUAGGUCUGGAGUGCACGAGCAUAGGUAUCAAAGAGAUCAACUUCGAUACCAACGAAACUCUAGUUCAUACCAACCACUUACUCCUCGAUCAUCCUGGUGUUGAUGAGCCAGGCUGGCUACCCGAUUCUAAAGGUCGACUGGCCCGCAUUUCUGAACUUCUUAGAGAGAAGAUUGCCUCUACGGGCGUCGAUCAUAAGUCUUUCUUUGAGCUGUUCAAGGACGAGCAGGGGUACCCGGCGUCAAUCAAUCGAGAUAUGACCACUCAUGGAGACGGAACAACGACUUUGUUUAAUAUUAACAUGGAUUUAGCCAAGAGGAGGGCCAUUGUACAUUUGGGAAGGCCAACCGACUGGACCGAAAGGAUAGAACUGUCGCCUUGA